AUGCUAAAUCAAAGCGAUUUUGAAAACGGUUCGUUUAUAAGUUUUUUUGGACCAGUUGAAAUGGAGAUUAACGACGAUGAUGGAGAAUCAAUUGUAAUGGACAUACUCUUUAGUAUCUUUAUAGUUAUUUGCAUGAUUGUCAGCAUAGUGGGAAACGUCUGCACCUGCGCUGUCAUCGCACGUGAUAAAACGAUGAGGACUCCCACCAACUGCUAUCUUCUUAACCUUGCAAUCACUGAUCUAAUGACCGCGCUCUUUGUUCCAAUAGAAAUAUACGUACUAAUGGUGCCAGAUUUCUACCCUUUUGGCGAGGUCGGAUGUCGCUUUCACUUUUUUCUGUGGGACUGCUUAGGCAACUGCAGUGCCUUGACUAUAUCAGCCUUUACUGUAGAACGUUACUUGGUAGUAUCCAAGCCAUUUCUUCGACAGAAGCUGGUAUUAAAGUCGAGAGUAUACAAGAUCAUUGCUGCAAUUUGGUUGACAUCCUGUAUUUUUUGUAUUCCGGAUAUAUUUUACAUUGAUUUGCUGGAAAGAAAAAAGUACGUGUUCUGUUACUUCUUCAUGUCUGACGUGCUGACGAUCAUGAUGAUAUGCGACAUUUUGGUCUUCUUCGUAAUGCCGAUGACUAUCAUCACCGUACUUUAUGUGUUAAUAGCAUUGAAGCUAAAGUCCACUACAUUGAAGUUAAGGAGCAGUCCCGCCACAGGAAACCAGAGUCGCAGCAAAGCUGUGAAGAUGUUAGCUGCCGUAGCAGCUUCAUUCUUCUUCUGCUGGUCUCCAUAUUGCGUGAUGCGAAUCAUGAUGAUCCACCCUGGAGACAAUAAAUAUGAAGACUAUUAUAAUGUUUGGCGUAUCCUCAACUACUUAUGUGCUGUAAACGUUUAUGUGUCGACAGCGGUAAACCCGAUCCUCUACAGCCUCAUGUCGAAAAAGUUCCGGCAGGCUUUCAAAGAUUUCCUGAAGGGCCGCAAGUCACAUCGGUCAGCUACAGAGACCAUUUUUUCUACAACGAUACGAAGCAAUCACAAUAACGGAACAAAUACGCUGCUGAAAGAUAUUACUUCCCUGAAGUCAAGUCUGGCCGAGUUGCAGUUUAAAGUGGAGGCUUCAGAUAACACCAUAAGUGAGCUGCGUACCCAAGUUGCGUUAUUAAGCAACGUUGCUACGGUACGUAGGUCACCAGAAGCCUCUAAUAUAAACACGCGACGUGGGGCGCAUUAUGCAUCCAUCAGCACUGUCGAGUCGGCUCAAAUGGUUGCGUCACCGAUCUCAGCUGCCGUCGCGCGUGAAGCGCCGCCCCCUGCUGCCCGCACCUCCGUCCCAGCGGAAACGUCUCGCGUGUGCAUGUCAGCCCCUGCACGUGCAUACGCCGCUGUAGCCGCUUGUACCAGCCGACUCGCCACUUGAAAUUCGAGAGGCGGCAAUCGGCUAAGAACAAAACCAAUCCCCGUGAGCCUGUCUCUGAAGUUGCAAAACCACAGAGGCAGACGGACCUGUGCGAUGAGAACAGCUUCACAAAGGUUAUGGAGAGGAAGAGGA